GAAUGCGAAUUUCGAUCUGAUUUUCAGAAAGACAUGCUCUACUCAUCAUAAGCUUUCGAUUGAUAUAUGGUUCAACCCAUUCCGAACACAGGCCGAAAAUCGCACAUUUUGGCUGUCCUCCUUUAAUCAUUUUAUUUCAAUUUUUCGUUUUCUCCAAGUUUGGUUAUAAUUUUAUCAUCUGUUUUCUCAAUGAAAUCGGAUAACUAUGUCAAGAUUUUUCUUCUAUUUAAAGUAGCUUGUUUUCAAUUUAAUAUUCAAAUCUAUCUCAACUUUCAAUUAGUAAACCAACUCUUGUUACCUGUGAAGAAAAAGAUUGUUACAAAAAUGAAAUUCUUCAUGUUAACUGUCUGCCUUUUUGGAACUGUAUUUGCUAAGAGUCCUUCUACAGAAUGGAAACCGCUCCCUGUUGAUGAUCCAACUGUUAUAAAGUUAGCUAACCAAGCCGUUGCGCAUAUCAACGAAAAAUGGGAAAAAUUGUUUUACAAUAAACUGAUCGAGAUUAAAGAAGCUAAAUCUGUAGCCGAUGAUGGAAUUACUUAUAUGCUUAAAAUGAUCAUACGAUUAACUUAUUGUCCAAAAUCUAAACCGUACCAUGAUGAUUGUGAAAUCAGACAAGCUUCAAGUGCUCAAAUAUGCACCGUCGAGGGACAUAAACCUAGUGGCUCUGAAGAAAUCAAGAUCAGCAAUUUAAGUUGUGAUACAAUUCCUCUACCCCCCAGUUAAAGAAAAAUUGCGUCUCAUGUUCAUCGAGAUACCCAUCAAACAAAAUGCCAGAGUCAUGCGUUUUUUUCGUUUAACGCAAUAGUUUCAUUUAUCAAUGUCUGCUUAGACAAUUCAUUCAAUAAAUUAAACACGUUAAAUUACGUUGUGAAAUAAAUCCUAAGAUUGAAAAAUAAUUUGUCCAAUUUUUCUUUGUAAAUGUGAUUGAAGUACAUGAUUGGAAAAAGCG